UAGCCGCAGCUAGCAGAGGGCUGACACACAUACAAAACAUUGUUGCGGACGAGUUGUUGAAUGCGCCUUAUUUCACCUUACAAAGUCUGUAACCAGCGGGAAAACACGGUGCUCUCUCGGGUGUCGGACAAAGAAGUCUUCAUCGUGCGUGUCAUGUGUCGCAGUGAAGAAUUCAGAGUUUCCUGCAGAGUGGUGCGUCAUCAUCAGGUGAAGCUGUUACAACGUUAACCAUCAAUCACAGACCAAAGGACGCAGAUGUUGCUGCGAUGUGUUACACUCACACAUGAAGCAGAAGAAGAACUCAUCAAAGAUAUCCUCUGCUUCCUCUGAUUGAUGAAACUCGCAGAUUUUCCUCCUAACUCCUCCACCACAACAGUGUGUCCACCCUGAGCCCGUCUUCAUCCACAAACAUCCUCCUCAUCCUCUCACUGGACUGACUCUACUGUCAGUGAGGUUCUUUCACAGAUGUCGACCUCACGGUUAAAAGACCCCUCUGAGUCUCCGACACUGCGACCCUAAACGGAAAACAAGAUGACCUCCAGCAUUGACCGGGAUGACAGCAGCAUCUAUGAUGGCUUUAAUGAAGAGGAUGAUAAGGACAAAGCUAAACGCGUGUCCCGUAACAAUCUGGAGAAGAAGCGCAGAGAUCAGUUCAAUGGCCUCAUCAAGGAGCUGGGCACCAUGCUGCCCGGAAACACCCGCAAGAUAGACAAGUCGACUAUCUUACAGAAGAGCAUCGACUUCCUCCACAAACACAAAGAAAUCGCUGCUCAGUCAGAGUCGACAGAGAUCAGACAGGACUGGAAGCCUCCUUUUCUCAGUAAUGAAGAGUUCACUCAGCUGAUGUUGGAGGCGUUGGAUGGAUUUUUUCUUGCCAUCAUGACCGAUGGAAAUAUAAUCUACGCUUCUGAGAGUGUGUCGUGUCUGCUGGAACACUUACCUUCUGACCUUGUGGAUCAGAAUGUGUUAAACUUCCUGCCCAAAGGAGAGCAGUCAGAGGUUUAUAAAGCUCUGUCGUCUCACACCGUCGAGGGAGAGACUCUGUCUCCAGAAUAUCUGAAAACAAAGAAUCAACUGGAGUUCUGUUGCCAUAUGCUCAGAGGGACGAUGGACCCCAAAGAGCCUCCUGUGUACGAGUAUGUGAAGUUCAUAGGAAACUUUAAAGUCCUGAAUAACGUGCCUAACUGUAACCGAAACGGUUUUGACGGAGUGAUCCAGCGGUCGCUUCACUCCGCCUUCGAGGAGCAAGUGUGUCUCAUAGCCACCGUGAGGCUCGCCAAGCCUCAGUUCAUCAAGGAGAUGUGCACAGUAGAAGAGCCUAACGAGGAGUUCACCUCCAGACACAGUUUAGAGUGGAAGUUUCUCUUCUUGGACCACAGAGCGCCCCCUAUCAUAGGUUACCUCCCGUUCGAGGUCCUGGGCACAUCGGGGUAUGAUUACUACCACGUGGACGACCUGGAGAUGCUGGCUAAAUGUCACGAGCACUUGAUGCAGUACGGGAAGGGAAAGUCCUGCUACUACAGAUUCCUCACUAAAGGGCAGCAGUGGAUCUGGCUUCAGACUCAUUACUACAUCACGUAUCAUCAGUGGAACUCCAGACCCGAGUUCAUCGUCUGCACACACACUGUGGUCAGUUACGCUGAAGUCAGAGCUGAGCAGCGCAGAGAGCUCGGGAUGGAAGACUCGCCGCCUGAGGUCACAGCGGACAAGCAGUCUCAGGAUUCAGGCUCAGAGCCUCAAAGGAACACGCCGAGCCUGAAGGAGGCGUUAGAGCGCGUCAACCACAACCAGACGCCCUCCGCCUCGUCCCGUAGCUCACGUAAAUCUACACUCACCGCCGUGUCUGACCAAACCUUGUCUCAGGUGAAGCUGCAGGGCGACCAGAGCACACCGGGCCGACAGUCUGCCUCUGCCAUGGACAUGACAUCACAGCGCAGGUCGUCUAUCAGCAGUCAGCAGUCGAUGAGCUCUCAGAACACAGGACAGAACAUGGCUCCAUCCAUGGUUUUACAAACACAUCAACAACAACAACAGCUGCUACAACAACAACAACAACAACAACAACAACAGCAGCAGCAACAGCAGCAACAGCAACAACAACAGCAGCAGGUUCAAAUCAGCAGCCAGUCGAUCUCCAGUCAGAUAGAAGCCAUGCAGCACCUGAAGGAGCAGCUGGAGCAGAGGACCCGACUGAUCGAAGAAAACAUCCAGAGGCAGCAGGACGAGCUGUCACAGAUACAGGGCGAGCUGCAGAGAGUGCAGGGACAGGGCCUGCAGACGUUCCUGCAGAAAGGAGCCGGAGGAGGACUGAACGUCAGCUCUGUGCAGCUGAGUCAAGGGAACUCUGUGCAGCAGGGACUCAGCAUGCAGGGUCAGGUGGUCUCUGCGGGACCUCUGCAGAACAACAUGCAGCAGCACCAUCCUUUCCAGAGCCAGACGCAGAUCCAGAUCCAGAGCCAGCAGCAAACACUGCUACUGGACCAGAACACAGCUCUCUCACAGUCUCAGCGGUCGUCCGUCACUCUGCAGCCUCAACAGAAUCAACUUCCUGCGUCCCUCUACAACACCAUGAUGAUCCCCCAGCAGAGCCAGACCAACAUGGUCCAGAUCGCCACCAGCCUGUCUCAGAAUCCUGGAGCCAACACCCCCGCCGUGGCUACGUUCGCACAGGGCCGAGGAGCGCAAAUCAGGUUCCCCGCCACUCCUCAGCUGCUCACUAAGCUAAUGACCGGUCAGAUGACGUGCGGGGCCGUCAUGGUCCCCACCACCAUGCUCAUGGGCCAGGUGGUGACGGCCUUCGCUCCUCAGCAGGGGCAGACUCAGACCAUCAGAAUUUCCCAGCAGCCUCAGCACCAGCAGGAGCAGCAGCAGGUUCAGACGCAGCAGCAGGGACAGACUCCUCUGACUCAGCAGCAAACUCAGUUCCUCCAGGCUCCUCGACUUCUUCAUGGGAAUCAGUCCACUCAGCUGAUCCUGCAGGCCGUCUCUCUGCAGCAGCAGGGGACCUUUACUGCCACGAGCCAGCAGCAACAACAACAACAACAACAGCAGUUACAACAACAGCAGUUACAACAACAACAACAGCUACAAAAUCAUCAACAACUUCAGCAGCAGAAACAGACGUUGGCUCCUCACAGGACGGACAGUUUGUCUGAUCGCUCCGCUGCUCAGCCUCAGUGAACGAUGAACACUUUAAAGAGGACGUGAGAUAAAACAUGGUGUGCGUGUGUGUGUGCGUGCGUGCGUGUGUGUGUGUGUAGCCCCCUCCCCUCCUCACAGAGUUAUUUUAUGCAGAGCUCUCAGGCCUCAUGGACGUCCUGCAAAGCAGCCAGCAGCUAGCUUGUUUGUUUGUUUGUGUGUGUGGUGUGGGAUGUUUUCUCGUUUGUGUAAUGUAAAAAAAAAACUGAUGGGUCGGGAAAUAUUUUUCAGAAUUUGACGCAGAUCGAACUUUUACUGUACAGAACAUGAUGUGUAAUAUAUUCUGUAAAUAUGAGAAAGAAGAACUAAUAUUUUAUAUAAUGCAUGUAAUGAAAUGUGUUUUCUGUUCUUUGCAGCUUUGUUUGUUUUCUCUAAGAAAAACAAAGUCUUAAAUGCUACGUCGCUGUUUUUACACACACACACACAUUCUCCUGUGGGAUGUUUUUGUUAAUGCUGCUUGUUGUGUCCGUUUGUUUAAUCCUUGAACCCACCAUUCACAGAAUUUUGUACAAUUAUUAGAGUGAGAGAAAGUAUUUCUGAACUCUUGCACGAUAAAGUGUUGUGAGUGUGAACGAUGAAGGUUCAGCUAAAUGUGAGAUCAGCCUGUGUGCGCCCUGGAGAGGCUUCAUUCAAUCUAUAAUUAUUUUCAAAACAUAAAACCAAACCUAUCAGACCUA